GAUAGCAGAUUGAGUAGGUGAUGAAUAGCCUACCUGCAAAGCCCGCCAUUACAUUAUAGAACAGAACAUGACAAGCAUCAUUAAAGGAACCACAGACAGCAACAACAGUGCAGAGAUAAACCAUCCAAUGAUUCCCACCACUGCUUCCAUGGUGGUAAGUAGAUGUAUCUUCUUCAUCAACUACAUCCUUUUGCCGCUGGAUGAGAGGUUCUCUUACAUCUCCAUUCCAGCCACCAUUGUUUAUAUCUUCUUUAUUAUCCAUGUUUCUUUUCUCUAUUUAACUUUUGAGUAUAAUAUCUAUCAUCAUAACCAGCAUAUAAAUUAAAAAAGGGUAAGACAAGCUUGAAGAAAUGAUCUUCAGGAUGAAGAAAAUACUGAAAAUGGAAAACAAUGAAAAUCUCUAGCCAUGUCUCUUACCAACUAUGCUUUUCUUCAUCCCUCUGCUGUUGUAUUUACCGUAUUCUCGCUAUUUAUCUGCCAUUUUCUUCAUCCAGAGAUGCUUUUUUUGUAGUUGCUCCAGCAUCCUAAAAGGGAAUUCUUUUUAAAGGGAGAAAGGGAAUGCAUCUUGUUCGCAUACAUUUUUCCGGUUGUCCUUUCAAGUUUGACAUUUUCCUGAUUUUCUUUUCUGAAUGAUUAGCGGGAAUGCGCAGAAAUUGCAAUUG